CUUCCCUAUGUAUGUACAUUGGACACCAAUUAUUUUCCUACAUUCUUUCUUUCUCACUCUCAAACUCUUCAACUUUUCAAUCUUCCUAUUGAUCAGUCUGCUCUUUUUGAAGGAUGGUUGAACAAAUUCCAUAUGGCCUUACUGAAAGUAUCAUUAAAAGCUUGGCUUCUGAGGCCUGUCGUGAAUUUCGACGGAUAUAUGGUGUUAAGUAUGAGGUCGAUAGGCUUCGGGAGACGGUUGAAUCCAUCAAAGCUGUGCUCCUUGAUGCUGAGGAGAAACAAGAACAAAACCAUGCUGUACAAAACUGGAUUAGAAGACUCAAUGAUGUGCUUCAUCCUGCUGAUGACUUGCUAGAUGAAUUUGUUAUUGAAGGCAUGCGACACAGAAUGAAAGCACGUAAGAAGAACAAAGUGUCAAAGGUAUUGCAUUCCUUAUCUCCAAAAAAAAUUGCUUUUCGCCGUAAAAUGGCUCGAGAGAUUGAAAAAAUAAGAAAAAUAUUUAAUGAUGUAGUGGAUGAAAUGACUAAGUUGAAUUUGAGCCAAAAUGUUGUGGUGGUGAAGCAAAGUGACGAUGUAAGGAGAGAAACUUGCUCUUUUGUAUUAGAAUCAGAUAUCAUUGGUAGAGAAGAUAAUAAAAAAGAGAUUGUAAAUUUAUUGAGGCAACCACAUAGAAACCACAAUGUCUCCUUGAUUGCCAUUGUUGGUAUUGGCGGUUUAGGUAAGACAGCUCUUGCUCAACUGGUAUAUAAUGAUGGGGAAGUGCAAAAAAAGUUUGAAAAGAAGAUAUGGGUAUGUGUGUCUGAAGACUUUGAUGUCAAAACUAUUUUGAAGAACAUAUUGGAGUCGUUAUUAAAUGGAAAAGUUGAUGAAAACUUAUCAUUAGAGAACUUGCAAAAUAACCUCCGGCAAAAUUUAUCGGGAAGAAAAUACUUUUUAGUCCUAGAUGACAUUUGGAAUGAGAGUCAUCAAAAAUGGAUUGAAUUGAGAACUUACUUGAUGUGUGGUGCUAAAGGCAGUAAGAUUUUAGUGACGACUCGGAGUAAAACUGUGGCACGGACAAUGGGUGUAUGUGACCCUUAUGCUUUGAAUGGUUUGACUCCAGAAGAAUCAUGGGGUUUGUUAAAGAACAUUGUUACAUACGGUAAUGAGGCUGAAGGAGUGAACAAAACUCUUGAAUCAAUUGGUAUGGAGAUAGCAGAAAAAUGCAGAGGAGUUCCACUAGCUAUUAGAACAUUAGGAGGCCUAUUGCAAAGUAAAAGUAAAGAGAGUGAAUGGAACAAUGUCUUGCAAGGUGACUUAUGGAGAUUAUGCGAAGAUGAAAAUAGCAUCAUGCCGGUUCUGAAACUGAGCUAUCGAAACUUGUCGCCUCAGCACAGACAAUGCUUUGCAUAUUGCUCCGUAUAUCCUAAGGAUUGGGAAAUAGAGAAGGAUGAGUGGAUUCAGCUGUGCAUGGCACAAGGUUAUCUCGAAGGUUUGCCUGAUAUUGAGCCCAUGGAAGAUGCUGGUAACCAAUUCGUGAAGAAUUUCUUGACAAAGUCAUUUUUCCAAGAUGCAAGAAUUGACGGAGAUGGUAAUAUACAUAGUUUCAAAAUGCAUGAUUUAAUGCAUGAUCUCGCAAUGCAAGUAGCUGGAAAUUUUUGUUGUUUUUUGGAUGGCGAUGCAAAAGAACCAGUAGGAAGACCCAUGCAUAUAUCGUUUCAACGUAAUGCAAUUAGUUUGCUGGACUCAUUGGAUGCAGGCAGGCUGAGAACAUUUUUGUUGUCCUCGUCUCCCUUUUGGACAGGAUUGGAUGGGGAGGAAUCGUCAGUUAUUUCAAAUUUCAAAUACUUGCGUGUCUUGAAACUAUCAGAUUCUUCUUUAACUAGACUAUCUGGUUCAAUUGGAAAAUUAAAGCAUUUAAGAUGCCUUAACAUAUAUGAUUGCAAGGCUUCGAUAGAUCUUUUCAAAUCUAUAAGCAGUCUUGUUGGCCUAAAAACAUUGAAAUUGAGAGUGCAUGAAAUCAGUCCUUGGGAAUUCCAGAUGUUGCGGUAUAAUGGUAUUAUUAAUCAUUCAAAAUGGCUUUCUUCACUAACAAAUAUUGUUGAAAUCUCUCUCACUUUUUGUGGAAGUUUGCAGUUUCUCCCCCCAUUGGAACAUCUUCCAUUCCUUAAGUCACUUCAUAUAGGUUACCUUGGUAUGCUGGAAUGUAUACAUUACGAAAAGCCUCUUUUUCCUGAAAAAUUCUUCCCAUCUUUGGAGAGCCUCAAGUUGGAGUAUUGCUUAGAGUUGAGGGGAUGGUAUAGGAUAGGAGACGAUAUUAACUCUACACAAUCACGCCAUUUAUCCUUACCUCCUUUUCCUCUUCUUUCUCAAUUAUCAAUCGAAGGAUGUCGGAAGUUGACUUGCAUGCCUGCUUUUACAAAACUUGACAAGAGAUUGAUGUUAAAUGGUAGUCAUGUAGAGGCACUGAAUGCAACACUAAACAAUCAGAGUGUCUCGUUUCCUCCUCUUUCCAUGCUCAAAUCUCUGUCUAUUGGUGGACACAAACUUCCUGUCUAUAACAUCCCAGAAAAUUGGUUGCAUAAUCUUUUUUCUCUCCAACAUCUUCAAAUAGAAUAUUUUUCAAGUAAACAAGUUCAUGAAAUUGCAGUUUGGUUUAGUGAGGACUUCAACUGUCUUCCUUCUCUACAAAAAAUCACCUUACAACAUUGUGAUGACCUAGAGACAUUGCCUGACUGGAUGUGUAGCCUCUCAUCGCUUCAACAAGUGACCAUAAGGUGUUUCCCACACUUAGUAUCGGUGCCUGAAGGAAUGCCUCGUCUCACCAAAUUACAGACCCUAGAAAUCAUCGAAUGUCCCCUGUUGGUUAAAGAAUGUGAGGCAGAAUCAAGUGAAAAUUGGCCCAAAAUUGCUCACAUUCCAAACAUCAUAAGGGAUCUUAUUUAAAAAGGUGGUAAAUAUCAUGGACCGAUGAUUUGCUUCUGUUGUGCGAUAAUCAUGAUUAACUGAUCACAUUGAGGUUUUGUGCUGAAACUCAAGAAUGAAGAAACUGAAUUUCUGAUGUAGUCCAAGAAUUUACAGAUUUUUUAUGAGGAUGAGGAGUUCCUAAGUUCUGCAUGACUUUACGGCCUAUGUUUUAAGUUUUCUUGUUCUCUUAAUUUUUUUAUCUUCUAAGUGGUUUGUAACCAUGAUCAGACACCUUUGUUAUUACUGUAUGGCUGAAUUACUUCUGUGUACCUGUCUACAACAUUUUGCUUCCUUUUCUUCUAUUUGAUUUGAUGAUCUUUUGGACUUUGCAGACUUAAAAAGUUUAACUACUAAGUCCAAUAAAAUUAGAUUGAAUA